AUGGAUCAUGUUAACCACAACUGGACCCACACCUUCAUCCUUGCUGGUUUUACUCCCACUGGUACCCUGCAACAUCUUGCGGUCUUUGGAACCCUGUGCAUCUAUCUCCUCACACUUGCAGGGAACUUCUUCAUCAUUGUCCUUGUUCAAGCAGAUUCAGGGCUGUCCACUCCCAUGUACUUCUUUAUCAGUGUCCUCUCCUUCCUGGAACUCUGGUAUGUCAGCACCACAGUGCCCACCUUGCUACAUACCCUGCUCCAAGGACAUUAACCCAUCCAGUCGACUGCAUGCUUUGUCCAGCUGUAUGUGUUCCAUUCCUUGGGCAUGACUGAGUGCUACCUGUUAGGUGUCAUGGCUCUGGACCGCUACCUGGCCAUUUGUCGCCCGCUUCACUACCAUGUACUCAUGAGCAGACAGGUACAGCUACGGCUAGUUGCCGGUACAUGGGUGGCUGGCUUCUCAGCUGCCCUGGUGCCUGCCGGUCUCACUGCCACGUUACCCUAUUGCUUGAAAGAGGUAGCCCAUUACUUUUGUGACCUCGCACCAGUCAUGCAGUUGGCAUGUGUGGACACAAGCUGGCACGCUCGGGUUUAUAUUACUGUGAUCGGUAUGAUCAAUACAUGCAACCUUGUCCUCAUCUUGGGACUCUAUGGGGGUAUUGUGAAAGCUGUGCUGAAACUGCCUUCAGCUGCCAGCCGUGCCAAAGCCUUCUCCACCUGCUCCUCCCAUAUAACUGUAGUGACUCUGUUCUUCGGCUCUGCCUUCAUUGUCUAUGUAGGGCCACCAGAGAUCCGAGCUGAGGGCAGAGGCAAGCUUAUUGCCCUGGUAUACACGUUUCUAACCCCUUUCCUCAACCCUAUUAUUUAUACCCUUCGCAACAAGGAAGUGAAGGAAGCUGUUAAGAGGGUUAAACAGAGGAUUAAGGCUUUGCUGAAUUGA